AAAUCAGACAUUCUGCAAAUAUAUGCAGGCUUGUUCUCUACAUAAUGAUGUAAGCAUGCCCUUGCUACUCCUCACUUUUUGCCACACAACGUCAUGUCUAGAAUCAUGGUAACACCACAUGUAGAAGCACAAACUAGGUACAUGUUUUGCCUUUCGUGUCCCAGUGUCCUGCUUUUAUCGGCUGCAGAUCCACCAUGACCCUGAUGGAUAAAGCGGUUACUGAAUGAAGAGUUUUCUCAGAUGAGUCUGUAGAACUCGCUGGCCUGUUUUGUUUCUGCAUUAUCUCAACGCAUGCUCGACUUUUAUUUUGAAACGCAUCUCUCCUCGGUGUACUUCCCGUCGUGUCUGACCGACUUCACGCUAUUUACACUGACGGGAUGAGAGCUGUCUGGUUGUCCAUGGCAUUUCAUCCCGGAACAAAGCGUCAGUAGCACUAAGGGAACUUCUAUCGAGGCAGCAGUGUUGAGACGCAGUGUAUCGGACACACUCUGGUGGGUUAGUGUAGCUGGAGAAGGCUGGACGAUGCAGACGCGUCGCUCCUCGUCGGCGCUGGCUGUGAGCGGCGAGGUGUCGCUUUCUUUCCAGGACGAGCUCGCUGCCACCAUCCACCGAGCCUUCGAGGUGGCGGUGGAGAUCGCAGUGGUGGAGGUCAGUAAGUUAGUGGGCCAGGCGCUGGGCGAUGUGCGCGAUCAGAUGCAGGAGACGCUGAGGGAGAAUUCGUUCCUCAAGACGCGGCUGCAGUCCGCCGAGCACGAGCUGGACACCAUGAGGAAGAGCAGAAAGAGCCAGAGCCCGGCUACAGCCGAUGAUGAUCCGCCGCAAAGCGAUUUCUCUCAGCGGCACGAAAGCCAGACCAAGUGUGAGAGCCGCUCCACGGGGGAAGCAGACAGCCCAGCCGCUCAGGAAACGCAGAAAAUGUGCCGAUAUGACAGCGGCUCCGAGCCACAGGACGAGUCUUUCUGUGAAAUCCGUGAGGAUGGAAGCGUUCGGUCACGUGACUUGGGCUCAGCGUGCAGUGCAGUGCAGUGCCGUGAUCAGAAGUCAGGUCCACCACAUGAAUCUCUUAUUCCAGAGAAUCAACAGAUGGCACAGCACACCCAAGAUAUUCAUGGUGACCAGACUCCACCAUCUGUUGAGCAGCCAGUCUGCAAGAAAGAGGAGAGCCUAGAACCCCAGCUGGAUGAUGCUUCUGGAGAAGAUGAUGGUGAUGAUGAGAAUAAUCCAGAUGACGAUGACGAUGACAUUAGGCCAAGCUGCAGCUUUAACUCAGAGCAUGACGAAGAGUUUGAGCCAGACAGACUUUCUCUGGUGCAGUCUAAACUGUUGGAGGACUGGAGGCCUGACCCAGAGGCAGCACAAUGUGAUCAGAAUGAGAAUGCAAAUGCUGGACCCAGCCGUAGUCUUGAUGCUCCAGACAUGAUCUCCGCACCUGUUGGUGGUAAUCCCGGCUUUUCAGCCUCUUUCGAUGCUCUCUACCAAUCAGUAGCCAGAACUCACCUUGUGCAUCCUGCUCCUCAAAACGACGAUGUUCAGAUGAGGACAAGUGUCCCCACCCGGAUUCACCAGUGUAAAAUCUGCGGCCAUUCGUUUAGUCGGGCAAGUGAUCUGCGCAGACAUCAUAGUCACCGGCACAGAGCGAGGGCAGUUAACCCGGCUAAAGCAGGAAGUGCGGGGAGACCCGUCAAACAGCAGCUCUUUCCUCCAGGGUGUAGCCCAUAUCACUGCAACGAAUGUGGCCGGGACUUCAACCGUAUGGAAAACUUAAAGACGCAUUUGCGCAUACACACCGGAGAACGUCCAUACUCUUGUUCUGUGUGUGGAGUACGGUUCCGGCACUCAGGGGCGCUUACACGCCACUUCCGUAUCCACACGGGUGAAAAGCCGUAUGUGUGCGGGCAGUGUGGGAAACGUUUCCGGAACUGCGGCGGUCUGCGCUUCCACCAGAAAUCCCACACGACAGAUAGACACAUGGUUUUGAAUUGCGUUUGAAGAAGAUGGAUUGUUUGUGGAGUUAUCAUGUAGUUGUGUGAUUUAGGGCUGGCCGGUAUAACCUCAAAUCAGCAGCUUGAUCGUUUUAAACCAUUACCUCGAUGACAAUAUAUAAACAGGAUUUUUAAAAAACAUUUAUUCAAAAUUUCACUUUUUUUACAUGGUGCUUUCGCACUAAUGAGUCGCUGAAAGACGUUUGAAUAUUAAAACUGGAAAAUUGUGAGGGCUUUUUUGUGAAGAGUUAAAACAAGUGUUUGUUCCAGUGUAGCUGUGGGAUCUGUAGGAUGUAAUGGCAUUUGUGUGAGUCUUUCCAUAUUGAGUUGUAUUAACAAAUGCGUGGGUUAAAGACUGCUGUUUUGGGAAAUCACGUGAAUGCACUCUUCAUAUUGUACAACAUGUAUGUGUUUUAAAUCAAUUUAUUGCUCUUAUAAGGUUUGCUGACUGAAUUGUUUUUCCAGCAGUUUUACAUUGGACGUUUUGUCCUAUAUAACUGAACCCACACCACUAACAUUGCAGUGUUUAGUGAUUAUAUGACUGUUCAUGUUCGUCUGUGCUCUUGGAAACAGACUAGGAAACUCCUUUGUUUUGCAUGAGGAAUGAGAGCAGAACAAAACGGAAGAAAAUCGCUGGAAAUAACAACUGGGUUUUGUAGGGACACUUCGCAAAAACACCUGAGGAAAACCCAGAGUAAAAAGGCCAGUGUCACUAUUUUCCAUCCAUGCCUUAUGUCGGUUAUGUAAAACCGUAUCUAGUCAUAACAGCAAAUAGUUCAGUUGUGACGUGUUUGGAAAAUGUGCAUAUAAUUCAAUAGAAGUCUCCAGGAAUUCUGAAAUUUUAAUCAUUUAAGUAUACACAUUUGCAAGCUUUCAGUUUGCCCCCCUGCUACAGUAAGUCUUUUUCCUCUUCCUCUUUUUUUUUUAAUGGAAUUUUGUUCAAUAAAUUCUGAACGCCACUCUGAAAAUGUUUCUUGACUGAGAAGAUAUUUUGGGUUUUCCACAGCUGGAUUCAUAUAAAGGUUAUAUCAGAUGCACUGACGGAAUUUUGCUCACCGUCCACUGACAGCACAUAUUAGACAUUUCAGUGUUCUCAUUCAUCAUCACUUCUAGCAUUAUGUGCAGUCAUUUUCUGGGCAUUGAAUUCCAACGUUGCCUCUUUGCUGUUAACCUCCACUCUUCUGGGAAGGCUUUCCAAUAGAUUUUGGUUGUAGGGAUUUGCCUAUGGAGCCACAAGAGCAUUACUGAGGUUGGGCAGCGAUGUUGGGUGAGGGGGUCUGGGGUGCAGUCAGUGUUCCAGUUAAUCUCAAAGGUGUUCAGUGGGGUCAAGGUGCAGGCCACUUGAGUUCAUCCACUCCAACUUUGGCAAAGCAUGCCUUCAUGGAGCUCGCUUUGUGCACAGGAGCACUGCUAUGCUGGAGCAUGUUUAGGCCCCUUAGUUCCAGUCAAGGGAAAUUGUAAUGUAACAGCAUGCAAAGACAUCCUAUACAAUUGUGUGCUUCCAACUUUGUGGUAACAGUUUGGGGAAGCGCUACAUACUAUAUGGGUGUAAUGGUCCGGUGUCCAAAAUCUUUUGGCCAUAUAGUGUAUAUUGAACUACCAAGUUAACUAAACAGAUUUAAGAGGUUGCUUUCACCAGGACACAUAGAAUGCUGCAAUGCAAUGCUGCUGUUUCAAGGUAAUAGGAUAAUUUUAGGAGACAGCCGUCCUUGUGCCGCUAUAUUGACACAAAUAGUGUCAAAAAAUGUUAAGAUGGCACAUUAAUUUGAAGUGAUUACAUUGUGUUAAAUAUCACAGUAAUGUGUAUAACCAAUAAUUGGCGCAUUCUCAUACUCGUAGUCAUGUGUCUCAUACGUCUAUAUAAAAUUUUUGCUUCACAUAAAAAAGGGAUGCAGCUAAGCUGCUUUGAAUGUGUUUGUUUUGAAUUUUAGCAAAGUGCUAGUAGCAUGUAAAAGCUUUUUGCAUUAUAUAAAAUAUGCACAGCAGAUAUCAAAUGCUCCAGUGACGUCAUCAGUCAGCCUAUAGUUUAGAUAUGACUGAAGUUAACAUUGACCACAUGUUCGUUUCCAGAAAAUCAUUUAUCCAUUUAUCCACCUGUGCCUUUUUGAUGGAGACCUAUAAAUAAUCACAGUGUAACUUACUUUACAGGUUUUUAUCCCAAUUGAAACAACGUACAAUAAACAGCAAUUGAGGUUUUUCAUGA